AUGCCCAUCAGUCUCCGAACCAUCUUGGUUGCGGCCCUCACCUGUGCUGCCACCGCUCAGCCUGUCGAAGAUUUGAUAGACAAGCGCGGCAAAUUUAACCCGGCCGUGGCUAUGGCUACGUUUUCGGAUACCUCGUGCACGAGGGGCCAACGAGACUUUCACCAGCCAGAUGGCGUUUGCUACGACCUUCCCGGUCAGGGAAUGAAGAUUUGGUGGCUUGCACCAGGUUGCAGAGUGUUGCUGGGCGAUUGCUCCAACUCUGUCAAUCCCGACUGGCGCUAUGUCAAUCCCAACGAUUGCAUCAAUAUUAGCAACAAGCACAAAUACCAGGUCUACUGCUAG